GGAUCCUCACCCGGAAGCGUGCUGCCCUUAUGUUGUUUUUGAUGUAGCGCUACUGUAAAAUAAAGAGAAGGCGCAACCGGAUCCAGGACUGGUAGCUGGAUCCCGGCGGGGGGGGGUGAAGGAGCAGCAUGUCUUUCCAGGAGUAUUGGGAGGAGUGGGAAGGCCUGGACAAAGAUUAUCAGCUCUUGCAGGAAACGCACAAACUCUACAAGCAACAGUUAGAAGAGGUAAUCAAGCUUCAAAAUUCCUGCCUUAGUUCCAUUGAACGACAGAAGAAGAAAUACAAGGAACUCUCCAAAAAUCUUGAACGCUGUCAGUUGCCAGAGACUGAAGAGCAGCUGAGAGACACUGGUUUCAUCCAGGAACUGAUGAAGGAAAGACAAAACAUCUUCUUUGAAAUGGAAGCGUUCCUCCCGAAAAAAAAUGGUUUGUACUUAAGUCUGGUUCUGGGAAAUGUCAAUGUGACUCUGCUCAGCAAACAGGCCAAGUUUGCCUACAAGGAUGAGUACGAGAAGUUCAAACUAUAUCUCACCAUCAUCCUCCUCGUCAUCUCCUUCACCUGCAGAUUCUUGCUAAACUCCAGGGUGGUAGAUUCCGUGUUCAACUUCCUCCUGGUGUGGUAUUACUGUACACUUACAAUUCGAGAGAGCAUCCUCAUCAACAACGGAUCCAGGAUUAAAGGCUGGUGGGUAAUGCAUCAUUAUGUUUCGGCCUUCCUGUCAGGAGUCAUGCUGACCUGGCCGGAUUCGAAAGUGUACCAGAUAUUUCGAAACCAGUUUCUCUCGUUUUCCAUGUAUCAGAGUUUUGUGCAGUUCCUACAGUAUUACUAUCAGAGUGGCUGCCUAUACAGGCUCCGAGCCCUGGGAGAGAGACAUAACAUGGACUUGACUGUAGAAGGUUUCCAGUCAUGGAUGUGGAGAGGCCUCACUUUUCUUCUCCCAUUCCUGUUCUUUGGUCAUUUCUGGCAGCUUUAUAAUGCAAUCACCUUAUUCAAACUAACGAAUCACCCAGACUGCAAAGAAUGGCAGGUUUCCACGUGCGGCCUUGCAUUUCUCGUUCUGUUCCUCGGAAAUUUCCUGACAACAGUUCGAGUCAUCUACCAAAAACAGAAACAGAGGGAGGAAAAAGUUAAUAAACAAUUGUGAAACAGGAGAGAGAGAGAGAGAAGAAGAUUUAAUUCUAUUAUCGUUUUGCAUUGAUGAAAUGCAGCCAUUGAAAGCGCACAUUGUGUUGUAGCUUCUUCCUCUUCACUGACCCUCAUUCGUUUUGUCCGGGUUGGCACUGGGGACUGCAGAUGAGCUGUGGAGGUGUGUGCAUGAGGAAUAUGUUGAUUUAAGAUUUGACUCUGCUAAUAUAAUCAUCAAAUAAAAUUGUACAGGCCUA